GUCACCGCUCACCGCGGUGCGGCUGCAGAUCUUUGCGGGUCUGGAGGACGCGGAGCUGCGGGGACGAUGCUGCCGCCGUCGCCUCGGUCCCGCUGCUAGUCUGAGGGGGAUCCAGCCGCAGCCAUGGCCUCGGACAUCCCCCCGGAGGCCAUCGGCUUCCUGUCGGCGGUGGGCGUCUUCAUCGUGGCCCUGGCCAUCCUCUUCCUCUUCAUCAACAAGAAGCUGUGUUUCUCGCGUGUCGGCGGCAUGCCGUGUCUGGAGCACCGCCACACCCACCGGAAGAAGACGCGCCAGGGAAUCCGCCAGGGCCUCGUGAGCAGCUUCGGUGAUGAUGAUGAUGACGAAGGCGGCAGCUCCUCUGACAGUGAAGACGAGGUCCUGAAGCAGUUUGAGAUCUCGGUGUCGCGGUCGCAGAGUUUUCGUUUGUCGUCGGUGAACGUUAGCGAGCCGCAGUCGGCGCUCGGCCGGCGCCACAAGUUCAACCGCCUGUCAGACCAAGAGGAGGGCAGCACGGAGCCGUCGGACUGUGAAGAUGUGAAGCCUGCCGCCGACCUUCCACCUGCAGGAAUGGAGGCUGAGGGCGUCCGGCGGGGGUUCAAGGACCCGCUGUCCGCCGCCGUGGAGGACGGCGAGAGGGCGUCGCCGGUCCCUCUACACAGAACCUCUGCUCUCCGGGUGUCGGGCGCCUCUCAGAGCCCCGGCGCCAAACGGCGGGCGGCGGACGGCAGCGAGGAGAUGGAGACGGAGGAGGCCGCGGAGGACGGCGACAAAAACGAUGUCGCCUCGGACAGCUCCUCCAUCUGGACACCCGAGAAGGAGCAGCCUCCCCAGGACGAGGUUCCCCCUCAGCCGGUGACCCCGUCCCCCCGACCCCCCAUCUCCAGAUGCGGAGACCUGGUCCUCUCCCUGGAGUACCGCGCCGACGCGGAGAAGCUGCUUGUCUCGGUGAUCUCGGCGCGGGACGUCCCGGACAAGGCCCGCAGCGGCAUGGACUCGUGGCAGGUGCACAUGGUGCUGCUGCCCGGCAGGAAGCAGCGCCACCGGACGGCUGUGCAGAAGGGCACGGAGCCGCUCUUCAACGAGACCUUCCGCUUCUCGCGCCUGGACCCGGCGGACAUGCAGGCGUCGGCCAUCCGGUUCCGGCUGUACGCGCUCGGGACGUCCCGGAUGUCCCGAGAGAAGAUGAUGGGCGAGAAGGUGCUGCGGUUGGGCUCGCUGGACCUGGACGGAGGGCUGGCGGUGGAGACCACGCUGGUGCUGGAGGCCCGCAGCAACCUCAAGAGCCUGGAGUCCAAGGUGAGUGUGUCCACCGUGUCCCGGAGCGACAGCGCCUCGUCCACGCAGUCCCUGACGCACGGCGGCGUCCCCGAGCUGCUGGUGGGUCUCACUUACAACGCCACCACGGGGCGCAUGAUGGUGGAGCUCAUCAAGGGGAGUCACUUCAGGAACCUGGCCAUCCAGAGACCUCCAGACACCUAUGGCCGCCUGACUCUGCUGAACUCGGUGGGCCAGGAGAUCUCUCGCUGUAAGACGUCGGUGCGCCGCGGCCAACCCAACCCCGUCUACAAGGAGACCUUCAUCUUCCAGGUGGCGCUGUUCCAGCUGUUGGACGUCACGCUGCUGGUCUCCAUCUACAACCGGCGCACCAUGAAGCGCAAGGAGAUGGUGGGCUGGAUCGCCCUGGGUCAGAACAGCAGCGGCGAGGAGGAGCAGCUCCACUGGCUGGACAUGAAGGACGGGCGUGGCCAGAAGGUCUGUCGCUGGCAUGCAUUGCUGGAGGCCUAACGCCACGAGGCUCAGGCUGCUUACGAGGAAAGGGAGUUCAUUUAGGAAGGAUUUGACGAUGCAUUCAAGGACUCCUCUGAGCACCGCUCCACAUGUCGGCUUCUGGAGGCCCGAAAACAGUUUUAAAGUUGUAAAGAAAUGAAAGAAGAAAGAUUUUUUGCCAGUUUUCAAACCGUUGAUGGAUUAGAGGGAUUCGUGCAGAACAUCUCCCACAUGUAGAACUUUGUGUUCUGCAGACGCGGGAGCUGCAGUUUAGUUUUUCUAGUGAAAUGCUGUGUUAGAAAAUACACACAAAUUAGAGGCGUGUGCAUGUGUGUGUGCAUGUGUGUGUGUGUGUGUACGCGUGUGUUUGACUUGUUAUUUCUAAAUCUUGCUGUUCUUUUUACUGACUGGAAAAUCAAAGCAGAGUCCUGACUGAAGGUUUUUAUUUGACGACGUCAAUAACUAAACAAUCAAACGGUGAUAAUCCACGAGUCAAUAAGUCAAUGUGACAUUGUGUUUACAUGCAUUUGCCAUAUUUAUCAUUCAUUACAUUACAUCACUGACCUGUCCUCACUUCAUCUUCACCUCCAAAGCUCUAAUUGGGGCUUCAAUUAACAAAGUAAGUUUAUUAUUUUAAGUCACAUUAUGUGGUCGUAUUGAUCUUGAUGCAAACUCAAGUCGUUAAUCUAACUCGUGCUUCUAAGUGGAUUUUUAGAAGAAUUAACCAGGAAAUGUUUAUUAUUCUGACUAUUUGGAAGAUCCACCAUUUAAAUGAACAGUGUUUAGGAUUUACUGACAUUUAUUGGCAGGAGUUUUAAAUCAUUAUCAUAACUGUGUUUUCAUUCAUGUAUAAAUAACCUGAAGCUCAGAGAGGUUGUGUUUUUAUGAGAUUAAAUUGAGCCCCUCGUGUUUCUACCGUAGCCCAGAAUGGACAAUCAAAUGCUGGCUUUCAUGAUUUGACCUCAAGGCCACCGUAGUUUUCCAACACUGCAAUCUGCGACCUCACCACUAGAUGUCACUUUAAACUGACCGAGACCCUGAAACACAGACAGCACGGGGGAAUUUGUCGCCACAAACUAAGAAGAUGGGAAUCCGAUCUGAGAUUAGGGCGCAAAUGCAAAGAAAUUGAGGAAAAGUAAAUAAUAAAUGCUGAAAACGUAUCGACGAAGAGCGAAAUGCAACAAAGUCGGCUUCAUGGAAAACAUGCAACUAUUAGUCAUUUUCUUUCAAAAUUUUGGAAAACUCGCCCUGAAAAACACGAGAGCAGAAGUGAAGAUGUUUUCUCCUCUCAAGUGGAGCAGGAAGGCGUCUCAUUCAUAAUCUACCCCGACGACUCGUGCGCUACUACAGGCAGGAAGCGACCGGCAGCUGGCGGCUCUUGAACCACCAGCUUCCUCCUCCUCCUCGUCUCCUUCACAGGGGUGGGGGAUGGGGGGGAGGGGGGGGGGCUCAUCUCAACCACCCAAUCAACGCUGAGCUCAAAAGAGGCUUUAAAUAUCUCGAUGCAGCUGUUAAUAACAACGUGCAAUGAAUUACCCUGGAAGUGUGUUUUUUUGCGAUUCCCCCCCACGCACACACAUAUACACACAUAUACACACAGACACACUCACUCACACUGGCCCUGUGGUAAUUGGUAGAUUUCUGCUGUAGAGUUGUACAGUGUGAUGACGACUUUGCCACUCAUAAAGCUCAUCCUCAUUGGAGCAGCAGUUGAGUCUGCACCGAGAGCUGGUUUGUUUUCUUCAGGCAGGUGACGACAAAGCUCCCUUUAGAAAAUGAUGCACUGCAGCUCGCUUUAAAGAAAGUACAAAAUACCCUGAUAUAGAAGAUUUUACCUUGGGUUUCAGGAGAUGACGGGCCGUGACGACUGUUUGUGAAGUGAAGUAAAUUGUUUUUGUGGAUUAAAGGGUCAGUUCACCCAAAUCACAAAAGAAACCCCGGCUCUAUACGGGCAGUGAGCCAUCCUGAGCAUUGUGCAAGGAGGAAGAUAAAAGUGUAGCUAUAAAGGGCCACACACACGGUCUAUAAGACUGUUUGUGAAGAAAACAUCUACAGAAACAUCCCUAAACCUCAUUCAACACAUGGCUCUAAACAGCUACUUUUCUCUAGCAAACCCACCACCCUCAUCCUCAUCAUCAUCACCAUCACCUGAACACAUUUCAAACCUUAAAGAAACAUAAUUGGUUUCUAUUCUCAGUUUCUUGCAUAACUCUGACGUGUUUGUGAAGCAGGUGUUUCACAUACAAAUUGCUCCACCGCAUCAGUAAAAGUGUACUUCAGUGUUUAUUUCAUCCGGUGAAGUGAAGACGAAGAUAUUUUCAAGAAGAGAGGAAUCAAUGGACAAUGUUCUGUCUGUUAAACGCAGUGAACAAGCUGUAAAAUAACGACUGUUGUGUUUGAAACUGCAGAUGUGUGACGAGGAAGAAUAGGAGUGCUGCAACUGGCUGGAUUGUUUUUUAUUUUAGUUUUAUAAGCACUCUUCAAAGACCAGAAUAACUGGUGAAUUUCAGUUACCCCCCCCCCCCCCAAAAACAGAAGUUAACUAUAAUUUGCUUCUGCUCGGUUAGCUUGUUCGACAGCAUUUAUUUUUGUUUUCUCAGUGGCUAUUUCAUUUAAAGGUAAACUGUUUAACCGCUGCACUGGUAUAUUAUAUAUAAAGUAUAUAUAUAUAUAUUAAUAUUAGCGCCUAAGUUUAAACGUUUGUCCCCCCUCCCCUUGCUGUUGCUAGCAUCACUAGGUUACUAUUGUAGGUAUGAUGCUAGUUAGCGGGUCUGCUAACGUUAGCGUCUUGCUUUAAUCCCUGACUGUUUUGUUCUUGUGUUGUUUUCGAUUUAGAAAGGAGAGAAAGUAAUCACCAUUAAACCUCUAAGGCUAGUCAGACUUAAGCUGUGAAGCUAUGAUAAGACAAUAACUAAAAAAGGGUUAGCUAACAAUUUGAUCAGUUAGCUAGCUAGCAGCACACAUAACUUUUUGGUUUCGGCUUAUCGUUGUUUAAAAUGAACAAACUCCAGGGAAGUUUUGUUGUGUUUAUAGAAUGUGGAAAUUUAUUUAUUAUGUCAUACAAAUACAUUUUAAAAUUUGUUUUGUGAAAUAGCAAAAGCACCGACAUGACAUUUCAUAUCUUAACACAACAAACUCCUUUUUUUCCGAAGGUCAGCCUAUUACAAAACAGUGUUCCAGUUAUUGGUAAUAUUUCUUGCCAUUAACUCACCUAAACGCUGGUCUAAAUCAAUUACUAUUACAUGUUGGUUUCAUCACAAUUCUUCAGGCUUCAUACAUGCGAGUGUGAAUAUUUACGUGAAUUCACUGCACAGAUUGAUAUAUUUUAUGCAUGUUGAGUUGUUGUACAUAAUCUACAAUGUCUAUUCUAUAUUUUAUAAAAUAGUAAUUGUUUAAUGUUCUUAUUAGUGUUUAUAUUUGUAUUUACACGUCUGCAUGCUCAGUUUGAGAUCCCAGAUGUGAUGCCGUCGUAACACUUUGAUGAAGAAGUGCCUGUAACAUUUUUGAGAUGAAACAUAUCCACCAAGAUGAUCCAAAUGUGCAUGAAGCCUUGUUGUUGUUCCCUGAAUGCUGCUGUUGGCCUGCAUGCAUGGGAGGUGGCUGCAGGCCCUGAGGUCACAAGACCUGGACCAGGACUGAGGUUCAAGUCCAAGUCAGACCAGAUCCAGUCAGGUUCAAGUCACAACAGGUCAAAACAAAACAUCUUCAAUGAUCCCAAAUGUCACAAUGUUUGAAGGAAUAUUAUUUGGGGGAAAUACGCUUAUUCGCUUUCUUGUCACAAGGGCAGAACUUAGCUUGGCUCUGUUGAUUAUUCAAACCCCUCUAAAGGUCACUCGAUAAUUUGUUUUUAAUCUGCUUUGUUUUAUAAACGUUUGCCACAAGUAACUCAAGUAACACUUUUUUUACCGAUUUUUGUUGUUAAUCAGUGAGAUCUAGAGGCAUUAGGAGAGCCAGGCUGGCUGUUUCCCCUUGCUUAUGCUAAGCUAGGCUAAUCACUUCCUGGUUCUGGUUUAGUCCUUACCGCACACACGUACAAAUAUUAUUUUUGAUUUACUAAACCUAAAAAUAGAAUUAAACCAUAUUCAGAAGAUAAUUUACAAUCAUUCUGCAUAUCUUUUAGUAUUUUUACAUCGUAGGAACUGAAAUUAAAGACAAGCGGUUAUAAUCUUCAACCAAUCAAGACUUUAUAAUCCAUUGUCAACAACAACAAAUUUAAUUGUAAUAACUAUUAAGACAAUCGUGUCAUGCAUCUUAGAUCUUCAAUGACACACAAAGUGGAACCUUCCUGUGGAACCUGUACUCCUGGUUCUGGUCUGGUUCUGGUCUGGGUCGUGCAUGCUGAAAGCACUUUUUUGUACCAAUACAUUCUGUCGUUGCCAAUAAAACCCAUGAGACCCCCACUGAGGGAACGUC